AUGAGAGUACAUACGGGAGAUAAACCUCAUACCUGUAAUUUAUGUGGUAAAGGGUUUAGCCAGCGUAGUAGUUUAAAGAGACACACGAAUAUACACACGGGUGAUAAAAACCAUGAGUGCGAUGUAUGUGGUAAAGUUUUUAGUCAGCGUGGUCAUUUACAGCUUCACAUGGGAACACAUACGGGAGAUAAACCUCAUAGCUGUGAUAUAUGUGGUAAAGGGUUUGGUCUGCUUUAUCAAUUACAUAGACACAUGAGAAUACAUACAGGUGAGACACCUUUUGACUGUGAUAUUUGUGGAAAGGGGUUUAUUCAGCAUCAUAAUUUGAAGAUUCAUAUGAGAACACACACAGAGGAUACACCUCAUAGGUGUGAUGUAUGUGGUAGAAGAUUUCGUCUGAUUGGACAAUUACAAAGACACACAAGAAUACAUGCAAGUUAUAAACACUAUGACUGUGGUGAAUAUGGUAAACGGUUUAGUCAGCGUGCAUAUUUAAAGAAACACACGAAAACACAUACAGAUGAAAAUGAUCAUGUCUGUAAUGUAUGUUGUAAACGGUUUAGUCAUCGUGUAUAUUUACAGAAACACAUGAAAACACAUACUGAUGAUAAACCGCAUGGCUGUAAUGUAUGCGGUAAACGGUUUAGUCAGCGUGCAUAUUUCAAGAAGCACAUGAAAACACAUACAGAUGAAAAUCAUGUCUGUAAUGUAUGUGGUAAACGGUUAAGACAGCUUGCAUAUUUACAGAAACACAUGCAAACACAUACUGGUGAUAGACCGCAUGGCUGUAAUGUAUGUUACAAAAAGUUUAAACGUCAUAGUCAUUUAAAACGUCACAUGAUGAUACAUACAGGUGAUAAACCCCAUGAGUGUAAUGCAUACAUGUGGUAA